AUGACGGAUGGCAGGACGAACAAGGUUACUUUUAGUUUGACUCCAGAGAUAAAGUAUCAGAUUUUUGCCCUGAAACCAUCUGUUCACCAGGCGUUUCUUGCUCUGGUCCCCAGCAAGACGACAGAAAAAGACUUCUGGACGAAGUAUUUUAGAGCUGAAUACCUCCAAAGCGCAGGGUAUGCUGCUGCAGCUGAAGCAGAAGCAGCCGAGGAUGAGUUGCUGGCAAUGUUUUUGAAGCAGGAUGAGGUAUUGGCGAGGGAAGCUCGUAGAAAGCUUCGACGGGUUGAUCCAACUUUGGACAUGGAAGCUGACCAAGGAGACGAUUAUACGCAUCUUCUUGAUCACGGGAUAUUCUUUCGGGAUGAGGUGUACAACAGGUGGAGGACUUUAGCACAAGACCUUAACCGGCAAGGCGUGGUUGUUCUUCAAGGAAGAAGUGUAGUCGAAGUAGAUUUAGAAGAUCCAACAAGUGUUGCAGAGGCAUUUAAUAUAGUGCGGUCAAAAGAGGAGGAGGCUGAUGAGAGUGGUGUGCGGGAGAGACUUGAUCGGAUUGCUCGGAUGACUGAGAUGGAGGAUCUUCAAGAACCUCUUCACCAUCAUCGUCCUGUUGCUCAAUUAUUAUGUAUCAAGGAUCCUCGAGACUACUUUGACACAAAACGAGCUAAUAAUGCCAUUAAAACUGAGGAAGCAUAUGGCUUCUUGAGGCAAUCUAUAUCUAAAGUCAAGAGCAUUGGAUUUGGAAAUUCCACAGUUGCACCAGAAAUUGCUCUUGUGGUUUUCAAUGGACGUCCGGCACUAACACCAUUUUAG